GUUGUAACAAGGAAGAAGCUUUCGUCGGCGCCUGAGACUGUUGAGAAAAAAAAACUCCGACAAUGGCGUGGAUGCAACUAAUACAGAGCGCGAGAUCUGUUCUAAGGACAACACAACCUUCCUCAACUCUAAUCCCCUCUAGAUUCUAUUCCAAACCCGCUCCUUACGCAGUGAAGGUUGGGAUACCUGAGUUCUUGAGUGGGAUUGGUGGAGGAGUUGAGACCCACGUUGCUAAACUUGAAACUGAGUUAGGUGAUCUUUCGAAACUGCUCGUGACUCGUACCCUCAAGCUCAAGAAGUUUGGCAUCCCUUGCAAACAUAGGAAGCUGAUACUGAAGUAUAGCCAUAAAUACAGGCUAGGGCUAUGGAAACCUAGAGCUGACGCUAUAAAGGCAUGAUUGGAUCGUAUUGUGAGUCUCUGUAAUGCGUGUGGUUUCGCUACUGAAAUGAGUUGUUCUCAGAAUGAUCUUAGGCAUAGCAAUGUUGCCAAUCACUUGAAACUCAGUACUUAUUUUUCUGCAUUCAUGUACUUGUUAUCUCCAUGAGUCUAGAAACAAUAAAGCCAUGCUUGAAAAUCCUAAAGCAGUAUGUUUUUGAAGUGGUGGAUGUAUUUUAUUUUGGGCCUCUCCCUGUAUCAAGACUGCCUUCAAAGUUCCUUAUGCUCA